UUGUGUUAAAGAGAGACAUACAGCAACAGCUCCUUCCUACCCCUUUUUCCUACCUCUGCUUUCUGUUCUAUCUUUUCUGCUUGCAACAUGUCUGGGUUAUCAGCAUAUAAAAAGAUGAACAAAAAUGACCUAACUGCUGAGUGCGCAGGAAGAGGAAUUGACAUUAAUGGCAAAAAUCGUGAAGGCUUGAUACAUGCCCUACAGGAGUUUGAUAUCCAGGCAAACCAGAACCUGGAGGGAACCGGACCAGAAAGGGGUUCCGCUACUCCAGAGCCCAGUGGUUCAGAGGCGGCCUCACUGGAUAGGCCAGCAGAGACUGACACUGGAAUACCACGGAUUGUUAUCCCCAAGCCACCGCAUGAGCAGGCCAACACCCCAUUGCUUGCAACCAGCAUGGACUCUCCUCAAAUGCAGGAAACGUUACAACGCCUCAGGGAAACGGAUCCUGUGGUGUACCUGCAGUUUCUCGAGCGUCAGGCUGAGAGAGAGGAGCGCAGGGCUGAGAGGGAGGCUGCGCAGAGGGAAGCUGAUCGUCGACACGAACUGGAGAUGACUAGGCUCCAGCAGCAGCGACAGGUUCAGAACCCCGGAUCCCUAGAGCACAGGGAUGCCGCUCUGCCAGUAGCUCCGGCAGCCAAAUUUCCUGUUAUGGAAAAGGACAGUGACAUUGACGUGUAUCUACUGUCGUUUGAAAAAACUUGCCGUCAGUACCAUCUGCCCCCAGCACAAUGGGCCCGGUACCUGACGCCAGGGCUACGAGGCAAGGCCCUGGAUGCUUAUGUUGAACUGUCUGAAGAGCAGGGCAAUGAUUAUGAGGCCCUAAAGGCGGCGAUCAUCCAAAAGUUUCAGCUAACCCCGGAAGUUUACCGGAAGCGUUUUAGGUCCUUGCAAAAAGGGCCUGGGGACUCAUACCUGGAUGUGGAAAGUCGCUUACGCACCACAUUCCGGCAGUGGACUAAAGGCUUGAAAGCUGAUUCUUUUGAGUCCCUGGAAGAUCUUAUGAUUGAAGAUCAACUUUUGCACAUCUGUCCUACAGACGUCAGACAGUUUGUGCUGGAGCGAAAGCCAAACUCGGCUAAAGUAGCAGCAGAACUGGCAGAUACCUAUAUCCACUCUCGGGUAUCUGACCAUCGCAAGGCUCCUCCGAACGGCUGGAAAGGAGGGAAAUCUCACAUGGCAACCCCUCCUCCACCUGCCAACCAAGUCCCUCAGCAGAUGGGACCAAGUCCUUUCACCUGCGGGAAAGCCGGACAUCUCAAGGCACAGUGCCCUGAGCAGAAGAAGCUGACAUCACCUGGCCAUCCGGCCAGCAACCCUUCUGCUGUACUGUUCGUCAGUGGGAAACCUCCAGGAACCAAUGCCAACUUGCAGCCUGUCACCGUAGGCCACCGGACUGUAAUAGGGUUGCGUGACACUGGAGCAGAAGUUACGUUGGUCAGACCAGAGGUGAUAGAAGAAACAGACAUCAUCCCAGAGAAGUUUCUUACCCUCACUGGAGUGGGGGGAACCCUUUCCUGUGUGCCCCGUGCCUAUGUUUUAAUCGAUUGGGGUGCUGGGAGGGGGAUGAGAGAGGUGGGCGUCUCAGAGGAGAUCCCUACUGCUGUGUUGUUGGGUGCUGAUUUAGGUACCCUUGUUUCUUACUACGUCCCUGCUAAGAGCACCCAGGAUGCUCCCAUGGAACUCUCUGGACCUACCAAGGUACUGUGUACAGAUGUUGGGGUAAUAUCUGGGCAACCUGUGGAUGGACAGAGGGAGGGGGAGGGUGAAGUUGAAGUGCAAGGUCCUCCUUAUUCAGAAACAGGAGAGGAGACCCCCUUGCUUGGGAAGGUAACUGAUACAGGUUCCAAUGAUGCUGCAAUGAUAAAUGUUAAAUGUGAUGAUGCUGAUGUUGAUGUUGAUGAUAAUGCAUUGCCAGUUUUAGUGGUCACUCGCAGUGCUGCCAAGGCGGCCGAGGUGCAGGCCCUGAUCGCAGAACAGCAGGAGGAGGUCUCUGGGCCCUCUCCCUGUUCUGACCCAGCGGACUUCACCUCUGUUGAGCCUCAGCAGCCGUCCUUGUUUGCCACAGGACUGCUGGCUGGGACUUGUGGUACCGCCUUUGAAACAGCACUGCAGACAGACCAAACACUAGCACAGCUCAGGAGUUCAGCUGAUCGCCCCCCUGCAGAGAAGUGCAAACAAAAGGUCUACUGGGAGAAAGGGAAACUGUACAGAGAAGAUUUGCCUGCAGAGGGGAAUGAGACUGACACAAGAAGCAGGCAGCUAGUUGUACCCAGUCAAUUUAGGGGACAGCUGCUAACUGACAGCAGGGAGGUAGAUUCAGAACUCCUGAUAAACUCCAAACUGACCCCCACCCAGGUACCUGGGCUAAAGAGAGUGCUGGCAGUACAUGGUAGCAGGUUUACAGGGAAACCUGGGAGGACGCACCUCGCUAUCCACCAGGUGGACACCGGGACACAUCCGCCUAUUAAACAGUUGGCCUAUCGCGUCUCCUUGGAGGUGCUGGCUGACAUGAAAAGGGAGGUGGAGGAAAUGCUGCAGCUGGGGGUAAUUCAGAAGUCCCACAGUGCCUGGGCAUCCCCAGUAGUCCUGGUCCCCAAAAAGGAUCGGACGACCAGGUUCUGUGUGGACUACCGGAAGCUGAAUGCCAUCACCACUGCAGAUGCCUACCCCAUGCCCCGGAUUGAUGAGUUGUUAGAUAGGCUGGCGGCCGCCCACUAUAUAACAAUCAUGGAUCUGAGCAGGGGGUACUGGCAAAUUCCUCUGGCCCCUGAGGCUCGGGAAAAGUCGGCUUUCAUCACCCCAUUCGGCUUGUUCGAAUUUACCGUCAUGCCGUUUGGGAUGAAGAAUGCCCCAGCUACCUUCCAGAGAGUCAUGAAUGAUUUACUGGAGGGGCUGGAACCCUUUGCCGUAGCCUACCUGGAUGACAUCGCUGUGUUCAGCCCUACCUGGGAAGAACACCUGAUGCACCUGUCACAGGUCCUGGACCGAUUGACCGAUGCCAACCUGACUGUCAAACCCAGUAAGUGUCAGAUCGGCAUGAAUGAUGUGCAUUACCUGGGACACCAGGUAGGAGGAGGCACCCUGAAACCCGAGACAGGAAAGGUUGAGGCCAUCCUGGCCUGGCCUAUCCCCCAAACCAAAAAACAGGUUAUGUCUUUCUUGGGGACCGCUGGCUACUAUAGGAAGUUUGUAGGUAACUAUAGCAGCCUGGCCAAACCUCUGACUGACCUAACCAAAAAGAAACUGCCCAAGGUGGUGGCUUGGACACCAGAAUGUGAGCAGGCAUUUCAGGCCUUGAAGGAGGCGCUGGCCAGCGCCCCUGUGCUACAGGCUCCCGACUUCACCCGCCGUUUUCUAGUGCAGACGGAUGCCUCUGCCUAUGGAUUGGGUGCAGUCCUGAGCCAAGUGGAUGAUGCCGGAGAGGAGCAUCCCAUCCUCUACCUGAGCCGGAAGCUGCUUCCCAGGGAAGUAGCUUAUGCCACGAUCGAAAAGGAGUGUCUUGCGAUCGUGUGGUCUCUCCAGAAGUUACAAACGUAUCUUUAUGGACGGCAUUUCACUGUGAUCACCGAUCACAAUCCCUUGAGCUGGCUAAAUCGUGUUGCUGGGGAGAAUGGCAAACUACUUCGGUGGAGCUUAAUUCUGCAGCAAUACGAUUUUACCAUCCAGCAUAAGAAAGGCAGUGCCCAUGGAAAUGCUGAUGGGCUGUCACGACAAGCCGAGCCCGCCGGAGUCGGUUGCGUCAGGAGGGAAAUUGUAGUUCCCUCCCAUGCAACCACCUAAGGGGGGAGGUGUAACGAUAUUGCGCGCUGGACACGCGACUAGCUGUUGUGUAAGAACCAUACAGCAGCCAUGUUGUUUUAAAACAGUAUAAGCAGUGGAAAGAAACUCACUCCCUCCCUCCCUUAUUCUCAGGAAUUCAUAGGCAUUCUACUUCAAAAGAUCUGUUAUCUCCUCCGAGAAACAGAGCACCCUAGGUUUCUUAAUGUCUCCUGGCAGGGUUCCUGGCCUGUCGUAAAACUGUCGUCCUCUCACCUCAGAGAGUCCACAGACCCCUGUCGUAAAUGCCUAAGACUCAUAA